UCGGUACCCUGUUUUGUUCUUUCUGCUUUCUUCACUCCUUUCUCAAACAGGGUCAAACUUAAUUUAUUCACCUUUCUGCUGCUGCUGCUGUUGCUUCUGUAAAGGAUAUAAAUUUUUGACAAGAUCAUUAAAACAAUCCGUUUCUUUGAUGCAUACAUAUAUAUACACAUAUAAAAUCUGGGUUUUUGUUAAAGAGUUCUUUUGUUUUUCUUAGAGCAGAAAAGAGCAAGAGUUUGUUUGAGGAUUAUGGAGCAUGGGAUUUUGGUUUUUGAUGAAGAUAUGGAGGAUCAACAGUCUUUGAUGAGUUCUUCUCACAGCUUUGAUUCUCUUUCUGGGAGCUGGACACAGCCAACUCCACAGUCUUUGUUGCAGGUUAACUUGAUUCAGGCUUUUCAGACAUUACCUGCCCUUGGCUUGAAACUUUCUAGAACAUCCUCUUUCCUAGAAAAGCUAGACCGGAUAGUCCAAGAACAGAACUCCAAUGGUGAAAAUCAAGCAAACUCUAAUUCUGUUUAUGCUGCAGCUAAAGCAAAGGCAAAAGAAGCUUUACAGCAAGCAAAUAAGAUGAAGGCUGAAAACUUCCCAAUUGCUUUGCUUAGAGUCGGCUCAUGGCAGAGGGUAUCCAGAAAUGAAGGUGACUUGGUAGCAAAGUGCUAUUUUGCUAAGAGAAAGUUGGUUUGGGAGUUUUUGGAGCAUGGUUUGAAAAGCAAGAUCGAAAUCCAGUGGUCUGACAUCUUGUCCUUGAAGACUGUCAUUCAGGAAGAUAAGCCUGGAAUUCUUGAAAUUGAGUUAAACCAGCCUCCUUCCUUCCACCAUGAGAUUGAUCCACAACCAAGGAAACACACUCAAUGGAGAAUGGUUUCAGACUUCACUGGAGGACAAGCCCCUACGUUCAGGAGGCACUACCUUGAAUUUCCUCCCGGAGCCCUUGACAGGCCCAUCGAGAAGCUCUUUAGAUGCGACAACCGGUUGUUUCAGUUGAGCCGGCAAGGUUAUCCAACUCUAGAGUCUCCAUACUUUCAGAAAUAUACAUAUGGGGUUGAUUUGUCUUUUGACUUUGGUGGCCAAGGGUCUCAUGUCAAUCCUGAUCACCAGCAGCAGUUUUCAUUUUCAAAUGCCCCUUCACAUUUUCUUUCUCGACACUUUCAAACAUAUGAGCAGACAGCACAAAAAUCUGUCAGUACUAAGGAUUCAGAUUCACCCAUAUCAGUUAUGGAUUUUUCACAUAUAGAUGAGCAUAUCAGCAACCACAUGCCACUCUGGGGUCAAGGGACGAACAAUGUGAGAGAUAGUUUGAACGCAAACCAAGUGGGAGGAAUGGCUUUCACUGCUGCUCCGGGCACCCAGGUGAAUCCAACUAUCUGUCUUCAAAACAACCAUAUGCCAGCUUAUGUUCAAGCAGCUAAGAGAUAUCAACUUGGAGGACUAGUGCCUGCACCUUCAACCUCCCAGAUGCAUAAUCCAACACUAGUUUCUCUUCAAGAAGCUGAAAGGCACCAACCAAGGUUUCAAAGACUAAGUGACCUCCAAAACAUGCUGUUGAGCAACUCGCCAACCGGAUUCUCCAAUGGGGUAGCAGAGGGCAAUCUAUCCAGAGAAGGAAAUCCUGCAAACUACACCAGUAAUGUGACUGCAUUCUAUGGACAGGAUAUGGUUGAUAAUCCUGCAGUUAUUAUGAGCAACAAUCUCUCAAACAGUAACGGCACGCUAAUCUCUCCCCAUGCUGCUUGCUGGCCGCAGCCUCUGGUUCCUAAUUCGAAUGUGGAUCUGCAGCCUGGGAACAACUCAUUUAAUUCAUCUGUUGUUCCUGAUCUAGCUAUGCAAUACUUUUCCAAUCCUCAUCCCUUCAAUGAGUUCAAUGACUGGGCCUGGAAGUCUGGAUAGUACGUGGAGAAUUUUGUUAGGAUAAUCAUGAGAUUUUGUUACAACAUCUUAUCUUUUUCUCAUUUUCAUUCUUUUAGUUUAGCAGAUAGGAAGUAGAUAAACCUCAAGUAGCUAGAGAAACAGCUGCCAGAACCUUUUUUUUUUUCUUUUUUCUGACCGCAUGCAACUUAUAAUGUAAGUUCUUUUGUUAUUUAGAAAGUUUUCUUACUGCAUACGAGGAUUCUUUGAAUCCAUUUUGCUUCUUCAACCCUUUCUUUAUUUAUUAAUUUCUUCACUCUAACAACCUUCAGAAAAGAAAAACCUCCACUCAAGUUAGAAGUUUCUGUACAAAAAUCCCCGUAUGCUUAAGCAACCCCAGAUUCCGAUCAGGGAGUCCAACAAAAGCAAGGAAAAAAACUAGGGAGUUUAGCAAGAAAUAGCUAAGCAAGAUUACUUGUCUUGCCAUCAAGCAUUAAAAAAUGACUCCCGAAUAUAAGGGUCAAUGAAAAGCCCUGAAACUAUGAUGAUACCAGAACUGCGGGUUAGUUGAGAUAAGCAAGAAACCGUGUAAAUCAGAAGUCCUUCCUGGCUGCUUUUCAUGAGAAACUGCAAAUAUAUAUAUUUUUUUCUCUUCUAAUCAGAUAAGACUUUGGUACACACUUCAUUAUAUCUUGCAGGCGUCAUCAUCCCUGUCAAAGGUGAAUGCCUGACCGAUCAAUGAGCAUGGAGAACUCAUGCUUUCUCGCAACAAAGUUGGCAUGGACUGAAAAUCAAACUUUUGGAUAAAAUACAGUACCUGCUGUACAGCUACACAAUUGAAAUUAUCUCCAUACCAG